AUGCUCUACACGUUCCGGCUGCCCGUUCGGUUUAUCUGGCAGUGUCCCCAUACACCCACCAACGUCCCAUUUAACCGGCAGUGUCCCCAUACACCCACCAACGUCCCAUUUAACCGGCAGUGUCCCCAUACACCCACCAACGUCCCAUUUAACCGGCAGUGUCCCCAUACACCCACCAACGUCCCAUUUAACCGGCAGUGUCCCCAUACACCCACCAACGUCCCAUUUAACCGGCAGUGUCCCCAUACACCCACCAACGUCCCAUUUAACCGGCAGUGUCCCCAUACACCCACCAACGUCCCAUUUAACCGGCAGUGUCCCCAUACACCCACCAACGUCCCAUUUAACCGGCAGUGUCCCCAUACACCCACCAACGUCCCAUUUAACCGGCAGUGUCCCCAUACACCCACCAACGUCCCAUUUAACCGGCAGUGUCCCCAUACACCCACCAACGUCCCAUUUAACCGGCAGUGUCCCCAUACACCCACCAACGUCCCAUUUAACCGGCAGUGUCCCCAUACACCCACCAACGUCCCAUUUAACCGGCAGUGUCCCCAUACACCCACCAACGUCCCAUUUAACCGGCAGUGUCCCCAUACACCCACCAACGUCCCAUUUAACCGGCAGUGUCCCCAUACACCCACCAACGUCCCAUUUAACCGGCAGUGUCCCCAUACACCCACCAACGUCCCAUUUAACCGGCAGUGUCCCCAUACACCCACCAACGUCCCAUUUAACCGGCAGUGUCCCCAUACACCCACCAACGUCCCAUUUAACCGGCAGUGUCCCCAUACACCCACCAACGUCCCAUUUAACCGGCAGUGUCCCCAUACACCCACCAACGUCCCAUUUAACCGGCAGUGUCCCCAUACACCCACCAACGUCCCAUUUAACCGGCAGUGUCCCCAUACACCCACCAACGUCCCAUUUAACCGGCAGUGUCCCCAUACACCCACCAACGUCCCAUUUAACCGGCAGUGUCCCCAUACACCCACCAACGUCCCAUUUAACCGGCAGUGUCCCCAUACACCCACCAAAAGAUGUAUUCUGCUCUUAAACCUCGGAACGGCUACUUCCUCGACUCUUAAGGGAAGCAGUGGCAUACACGAGCAUUUGACAUGA